CGGCGGCGGCGGCUGAAGCGGCGGCCUCGGAGCGAGAGGGGUCGCCGGCGGGGCUUCUGGUCGCCGCUGCUCUCUCUCGUCGUCGCAGCAUUUCCUGUUCGGAUUAUCUCUCGCUUCUCCCCAGCUGCCUCCUUCCCCUCACACUCCCACUCGCGCCUGUUCCUCCGCGUCCUCGGUCGAAGCUGCUCUCGGCCCGGGCAGGCUCCCCUCCGCCUGGGGACGCCCCUUACCUCGGCUCCCGGGGUACGGGGGAGCCCCGCCGCGACCAUGAGGAAAUUCAACAUCAGGAAGGUGCUGGACGGCCUGACCGCCGGCUCGUCCUCGGCCUCGCAGCAGCAGCAGCAGCAGCAGCACCCGCCUGGGAACCGGGAGCCCGAGAUCCAGGAAACGCUCCAGUCCGAGCACUUUCAGCUCUGCAAGACUGUUCGCCAUGGAUUUCCCUAUCAACCCUCGGCCCUGGCCUUUGAUCCUGUGCAGAAGAUCCUGGCAGUGGGAACUCAGACUGGUGCUUUAAGGCUCUUCGGUCGUCCAGGGGUAGAAUGCUACUGCCAGCAUGACAGUGGGGCUGCGGUGAUCCAGCUCCAGUUCCUGAUAAACGAGGGAGCUCUUGUGAGUGCCUUGGCUGAUGACACCUUACAUUUAUGGAAUUUACGUCAAAAGAGACCUGCCAUACUACAUUCACUUAAAUUUUGCAGGGAAAGGGUUACAUUUUGCCAUCUGCCUUUCCAGAGUAAGUGGCUCUAUGUGGGCACUGAACGAGGUAACAUACAUAUUGUCAACGUGGAGUCCUUCACACUCUCAGGCUACGUCAUUAUGUGGAAUAAAGCCAUUGAAUUGUCAUCUAAAUCUCACCCAGGGCCUGUUGUCCAUAUAAGUGAUAAUCCAAUGGAUGAAGGAAAGCUUUUGAUUGGCUUUGAAUCUGGAACAGUAGUGUUAUGGGACCUCAAGUCAAAGAAAGCCGACUAUAGAUACACCUACGAUGAGGCUAUCCACUCUGUUGCAUGGCAUCAUGAAGGAAAACAGUUUAUUUGCAGUCAUUCAGAUGGCACCUUGACUAUAUGGAAUGUGAGAUCCCCUGCAAAGCCUGUGCAGACCAUAACUCCACAUGGAAAACAGUUAAAGGAUGGGAAGAAGCCAGAACCGUGCAAACCUAUCCUCAAGGUGGAAUUCAAAACGACUAGAUCUGGGGAACCUUUUAUUAUUUUAUCAGGAGGCUUGUCGUAUGACACUGUAGGAAGAAGACCUUGCUUAACAGUAAUGCAUGGGAAAAGUACUGCAGUGCUAGAAAUGGACUACUCAAUUGUUGACUUUCUGACGCUGUGUGAAACACCGUACCCGAAUGAUUUUCAAGAACCAUAUGCUGUGGUUGUUCUGCUAGAAAAGGAUUUAGUACUAAUAGACCUUGCACAAAAUGGAUAUCCUAUAUUUGAAAAUCCCUACCCUUUGAGUAUACAUGAAUCCCCUGUUACAUGUUGCGAAUAUUUUGCUGAUUGUCCCGUGGACCUUAUUCCUGCACUUUAUUCUGUUGGAGCUAGACAGAAACGUCAAGGCUACAGCAAAAAGGAAUGGCCCAUUAAUGGAGGUAAUUGGGGCUUGGGUGCUCAAAGCUACUCAGAAAUAAUUAUUACAGGGCAUGCGGAUGGGUCGAUUAAGUUCUGGGAUGCUUCUGCGAUAACUCUACAAGUAUUAUAUAAACUAAAGACAUCUAAAGUAUUUGAGAAGUCAAGAAAUAAAGAUGAGAAGCCAAACACAGACAUUGUAGAUGAAGAUCCAUAUGCCAUUCAGAUCAUCUCCUGGUGUCCCGAAAGUAGAAUGCUGUGCAUAGCUGGAGUUUCAGCUCAUGUCAUUAUUUAUAGAUUCAGCAAACAGGAAGUGAUUACAGAAGUCAUUCCGAUGCUUGAAGUUCGGUUGUUGUAUGAGAUAAGUGAUGUGGAAACCCCGGAGGGUGAACAGGCUCCACCUUUGCCAACACCGGUUGGGAGUGCCAAUCCACAGCCCAUCCCCCCUCAGUCUCAUCCUUCUACCAGUAGCAGUUCAUCUGAUGGGCUUCGGGACAAUGUCCCUUGUUUAAAAGUUAAAAGUUCUCCACUUAAACAGUCUCCAGGUUAUCAGACAGAAUUAGUUAUACAGUUGGUGUGGGUGGGUGGAGAACCACCACAACAAAUAACCAGUCUGGCAGUUAAUUCUUCCUAUGGAUUGGUAGUUUUUGGCAAUUGUAAUGGUAUUGCGAUGGUUGACUACCUCCAGAAAGCAGUACUCCUCAACCUGGGCACUAUUGAAUUGUAUGGCUCCAAUGAUCCUUAUCGGCGAGAACCCCGAUCUCCCCGUAAAUCUCGACAACCUUCAGGAGCAGGUCUGUGCGAUAUUAGUGAAGGGGCAGUAGUCCCAGAAGAUCGCUGCAAAUCUCCAACUUCCGGUUCUUCAUCACCCCACAAUUCAGAUGAUGAACAAAAAAUGAAUAAUUUUAUAGAAAAGGUGAAGAUCAAAAGCAGAAAGUUUUCCAAGAUGGUAGCCAGUGAUAUAGCAAAAAUGUCAAGGAAGUUAAGCUUGCCUACUGACCUAAAGCCUGACUUAGACAUAAAAGAUAAUUCCUUCAGCCGAUCACGGAGCUCAAGUGUAACCAGCAUUGAUAAAGAAUCCCGGGAAGCAAUCUCUGCUCUUCAUUUCUGUGAGACUUUUACUCGAAAGACAGAUUCAGCCCCUUCCCCGUGUCUGUGGGUCGGCACCACGCUGGGAACAGUGCUGGUCAUCGCACUGAACCUUCCCCCAGGAGGAGAGCAAAGGCUUCUUCAGCCAGUGAUUGUGUCUCCGAGCGGUACGAUAUUGAGGUUAAAGGGGGCGAUCCUGAGAAUGGCCUUCCUGGACUCCACAGGCUGCCUAGUGCCACCUGCACAUGAACCCUGGAAGGAACACAACGUCCCUGAAGAAAAGGAUGAGAAAGAGAAAGUGAAGAAAAGAAGACCUGUCUCUGUAUCUCCCUCCUCUUCUCAGGAAAUCAGUGAAAACCAGUAUGCAGUGAUAUGUUCUGAAAAGCAAGCAAAAGUGAUCUCAUUGCCAACCCAGAACUGUGCUUACAAGCAGAACAUCACAGAGACCUCAUUUGUGCUUCGUGGAGACAUUGUAUCGUUAAGCAACAGCAUCUGCCUUGCCUGCUUCUGUGCCAAUGGACACAUUAUGACUUUUAGUUUGCCGAGUUUAAGGCCUCUACUGGAUGUGUAUUACUUGCCUCUUACCAACAUGCGGAUAGCCAGAACGUUCUGCUUCACCAACAACGGGCAAGCCUUGUAUCUUGUCUCACCCACAGAAAUCCAGAGACUCACUUACAGUCAAGAAACCUGUGAGAAUCUUCAGGAAAUGUUGGGUGAACUCUUCACUCCUGUAGAAACACCUGAAGCACCAAACAGGGGAUUCUUUAAAGGCUUGUUUGGAGGUGGUGCACAAUCUCUUGAUAGAGAAGAACUGUUUGGAGAAUCGUCCUCAGGAAAGGCUUCAAGGAGUCUUGCUCAGCACAUCCCUGGCCCUGGGGGCAUUGAGGGUGUGAAAGGAGCCGCAUCUGGAGUUGUUGGGGAACUCGCCCGAGCCAGGCUGGCACUCGACGAGAGAGGGCAGAAACUCAGCGACCUGGAGGAAAGGACUGCAGCGAUGUUAUCCAGUGCAGAUUCGUUCUCUAAACAUGCUCACGAGAUGAUGUUGAAGUACAAAGAUAAGAAGUGGUACCAGUUCUGAUAACCGGAAACCCAGCUAAAGUUCAACGUCAGCCAGAGGGAAGAGAAUUUUCCUUUUUUGUGUUAUUGAUUUCACUCUAGGAAAGUUAACAAGAAGGGAUGUUUGUCACUGGAUACUGCUCUUUCCUAGCACAAUCACGCCCUGUCUUACCUCAGUCGUGUGGCUUUAACUGAGGCGUGCUCACACACACUCAACGAGGAGUAGAUGGUGCGGGCCAGCUGUGAGCUGACAGUCUGGGAAUUAGGAUGGUGGUCACACGUUACAAACGAAGAAACAGAGGGAUUUGAGGAGACAUGGCAGGGACUAUUCCUGGAUCAUUCCUGUAUUAAACUUUCACACGCCAACAGAUUCUGUGCUGUCCUAUUUGCCAUCAGUGUUUGACCUCUUUGAGGGAGAGGCAGUAAGUCAGAAGUCUCGAAGCUGAAACAGUUAUGUCUGUGUCAUCGACUGAAGUAUAAACUGCUGUCUUGGACUUUCCCUCCCUUCAACUGACUGGUCAUCAGUAUCAUUAGUGAAGAAAAAAAACAAAAAAACAAACUGUUUGUUACCAUAUCUUUAGACAGAUAAGCUGAAUGGUGGGCUUUAAAUAAUAAAAACAUACACAUAGUUGACUUGUGUAUGGGCUACUCUUGGAUUCUUGUUAUUGUAUACUUGUGUUUAGUCCAUAUUUUGUCAAAAGCAAAACAAGGCGAUACAUCACUUUUCAUUGAAAAGAAAAGUGUAGAGCAUGACUGAACUGCUCAUCAUUCUGGGAGUUUCCAUGUAGUGACUGUGCGGUGUGGAAAGUGAGAAAAACCUCCAUUGUGCUGAGGAGAAUACUUCAGUGUCUCUUGUCAUUGUGCUCAUUAAUUCAGCUAAAGGUGGAUUUGACCAAAAUACUUACCGGUUAAAUUUGUGGAGAUGUUGAAAUCGGCUAAGUUUUUAAUUUUGCUUGAAUUUUUAUAAAAUGUUUAACCCAAUGUACCUUUGCAUUGUUUGAUUAAAACUGCUUUAAAAAAUGUUUCAUUAUUUCAGUAAAAUGUUCAGCUCCCUUUAAAAAAAAAAAAAACAACACCCUUUAUUUGCUAACAGUUCCAGUACACUCAGGUGAUGAGGUAAUUAACUCUUAGUGCACAUGCCGUCGCAUGGAAAAACUCAAAAGCAUCCAUUCUCAAUAAUUAUCUAAGAGUCUAGUCUGACCUACAAAGUAUUUUCUGUAGAAAUAUACUAUAAAUCUGUACGUGUCCUUUCAAGGUUUUGAAAAACCGAAAAGGAAAAUACAUGCGUUUUGGUAAUUAAAUUAUUUCUGUAUUGGAGGAUAAAGCAAAUGAGACCAUCAGUGGACAGUAAAUGACUGGUACCAAAACUGCACACACAGUCAGAAAAGAGAUAAUGGGAAUGGACCUGGAAGUAGGUAAGCUCAUUCUGCAGGCUCAUCUGAGAUUAUUACCGAUCGUUCUGAAAGCGACAAAGGAUGAAUAAUCUAGAAGCAUUAUACUUAAUGAAAUUUAAAAUAUUUUCUUCUACAAAAGAAAUAGUUUAAAACCAUUUUCUUUUGUCAUCAAGAGAUAAUCAGAGCACAAAUUGAUAGCAAACAUGAUGGUUGUUUUUCUAUUCCAUACAAUCUAAAGGUAUAUAUAGAACACCUUAAUUUCACAAGUCUGUCUUGCGUUUUUCCUCUUUACUCUUUUCAUUGAUAAAGCUCUUAUGUUUACAUUUUAUGACGUGCACUACGGGAUAUGAAAGUUUACAUUAAAAUUUACUUUGUCAUUAGGGAGGGAUUGAAUAUAUGUGAUAGAGAUGAUUGAUCAAGCCAAAAGAAAUAUUUUUAAAAUACAGUCAUUUUCAAAAGUUUUUGAAUUUGUAGGAAGACCUAUGAGUAACAUUUCUGUUUAGUUAAUGCCAGCUUUAUGAUGAACAUGUAGCAGUUUACAAAUUGCUUAAUUUGUAUCAUAUAUAAUCUAAUAAACCCAUUGUUCCAUGAUAUGUCACAGGAAGUUUUCAAAGGCCAUUUUUUAAAGGUACAGUUUCGUGUCAUCAGUAAAAUCAGUAGUUAAUGGAUUUGAAGUUGAGAAGCACUAACUAAAGUGAUAUACAUGAAUGGUUGGUUCCCCAUUCAUGUGUAAGGGCACAUUAGCUCCAAUUAUUUGAUUUGCUAUGUUGUUUUGUGUUAAUUGUAUAUCAACUUAAUUUUUAUAUCAACUGUCAUUUUUCCUGUUGUAUAUAAAAUGAAUCAAUCUUGUAAUUAUUUUCAAAUAGAGAAGUAGAUACAUUUACCUGAGGUGGAUUUUAUAAGAAAACCUUGAAUCAAUAUUUCGAGUUAUUUUAUUUCAUUUUUAAAUUAACCUACAAAUUAUGCACAGCAAACUAGAAACUCACGUAGGAUUAGAAAGCUUGAAGUAUUUUUGAAAAUAGGAAAUAAGCUUCUCAGAGUUAUACUUGAUUCAGUCUGUAGAUAAGAGACAGUCUGCAGUAAUAACUAACCCAGGGAAUUUAUUGUAAUUUGAGAGGUAACAUCUCUAUUUUUUUUCUAACACAAAAAGUUAUAGUCACCAGCAAGCCAAGAUUUCAGGAAAACAAACCAAAAAAAGUCAAAAUAGAAAAUAUUAGAAAAAUGAAAGAUUUUUGUGCGCUUCCACCAUAUCCUCAAACAUUAUUUUUUGUUGCGUGUGUCCUUGACUCUAAAAUCAUUGAAGUAUUCGUUGAUUAGCAGUCUGUCAGUAGGAGGUGGUUUCCCUAUAUGUACCACAUAAUCUGGUUCGUUUCACUUUUCAAACCAAAAUCCAUAUGUAUUUGCUUUAGAAGUUGAUUUGAAACUUUCUGAUAACUUCUGUAUAUUACAUCAUUUGAAGUUUUGCAUCAUCUUAAUUCCCUUGGUUUGCAUUUCAAUUGUACUGUUUCCAAAAAUGGUUAUAGAUAUAACUGAGCUAUUGCUAACUUCUUAAUUUGAUUUUUUUAUGGAUGUGAAAAAAUGCUGCUAAUUGUCUGUUAUUAUGUGUAGUAUAUGACAAUUUAAGUACAGAACUUUAAAGAAAGGUAUAUCUCUUUUCCUUAGAACUUUUUAAUUGUAGGUUUCUCUGAAGUUAUUUUGUGUAGAUAUGUGUUUUAAACAAGUCUGAAAGUGUUACAUAGUUUUUGAUUACAGGAGUGAUGGGAAAACAACUGAGGAAAGGAAAAUACGUGAAAGACACCAUGGACUUCAAAGUUUUACCCUGAGUUCUAUAUCCCAUAUAUGUUUUGCUUAAGGCAUUUUCUCAUGUGACAUUAGAAAAGCUAUAUCCAAAGGUAAAUUUUGUGUGGCAAAGAUUUAUUUUACAUUUUAACUUUUGGGAUUUUGUUUGUUUUUGCAAAAUAAAGAGCACUGAACUUUAAACUUGAAUUUUUUCUGCACUUUUUUAGGUAAAGAAGACUUUUUAUUGUCAUUGAACUCACAUUUCUCCAUUCAAAUCAAGUGAUACAUAUGUAUAAAACAUACCAAAAUCAUGAAUAUGCUGCUAGUUUAAACAAUUAAACUGAUCAUAGUUUUAAAACCUUCAAUAAGGUUUUAUAUAGUUUUCAAGGAUAAAAAAUAGUAAAAUCAUUUGCUGUUUGUUUCAGUGUUCUAGGUCUUAAAUUAUUGCAACACUUUCAGAUUUGUUUUAAGAUCAUACAGUAACAUGUUAUAUUUAUACAUACUGCU